AAAAAAAAUAUUGUGAGUUUACAACAAAUUAGGACAUAACAGUGUAUUGGAAUAUUUUAGUUCAAGCUAAUCCGAUUGGAUUUGUUAUUUUCUAAUAUUAUAAACGUUAGAGGAUUUUUUUACCAUUUAUUUUAUAUAAAAAUGAUGUCGAAAAAACAGUGGUUCGUUCUUUUAUGUUUGUUCAUUCUCUAUUUAUUAUUGGGAGCAUCAAUUUUCUUUUAUAUCGAAUCUCAAGAAGAAGUAAUUAAACAAAAGUUUGAUAUCAGGGAAAGACAAUAUAUUGAAGAAUUGCUACGAUCGAAUUAUCAGGGCAACAACAAGAGUAUAGAGAAUUUAUUCAGAAGACUUACUGAUUAUUGUGGUAAACCCGUCCACUACCACAUGAGCGAUGAUACCCCGGAUUAUAAAUGGAACUACUACAAUUCUAUAUUUUUCGUCAUAACAGUAGUUAGUACUAUAGGUUAUGGGAAUUUAUCACCUACGACCAUGUUUACCAGAAUAUUCAUAAUUUUCUAUGGACUAAUUGGUAUACCUAUGAAUGGUAUCGUUAUGGUAACUUUGGGUGACUUUUUUGGAAAAUCGUUUACAAAACUUUAUGAGAGAUGGAAAAAGCUGCGUUUGGAGAAAAACACAGCCAAGCUUGGACUUAUAGGACAAAUUAUUUUAUAUGCCGUUCCUGGACUCACUUUCUUCAUAUUCCUUCCUUCGACGAUUAUUAGUUUUUUUGAAGGCUGGUCGUAUGAUGUUGCAGUAUACUACGCGUUUGUUACGUUAACAACUAUUGGAUUUGGAGAUUAUGUAGCAGGAACGCAGAAUAUACACAACUUUCAUCCAUGGGUUUUUGUAUCCUACCACUUAUUUCUUUUGGUGUGGGUCAUAGGAGGAUUAGGUUAUGUGAUUAUGAUAAUAGGUUUCAUCACCAAAGGCAUGAAGAGUCGGAAAAUAGCACAAAUUGAAAAAUUACUGGCUCAAAAAGUCAAACAAACUCCUCUCAAAAUACAAAAAGAAUUAAGAAGUAUGCUGCACGAACUUCUCUUUAUGAGAGUAAAACCAGUAUAUAAAGGAGAGUUUGAGUAUACUCCAAAAUAUUUGGAGAGAAGUCAAAGCUGUCCUACUUUGACUAUUUGGAUAAACAACGAAUCGCCCACUAUGGCUAGAAAACGCGCUAUGUCAGAAUGUUAUAGAUAUAACGUACUAGAUAGAAUUCAAUCUGAAUCCGAGCUAGAUAAAAUAGACAAAGAAAGAACGUUUAGACCCUCCGAUGCUUUUAAGAAACAGAAAGAUCUUCUACUUCGAGUCGUAGACGCUUUAAGUUUAGCUUCUACUUCAAGCAAAAGUGAUAGAGGCGUACAUGGAUUCAGUGAUAACGAAAUACUAGCUAGUGAAAGAUCUAUUUCGCAUACACCUGUUCAUCGACGAAGAGCAGUUAGUGAUGUUAAACCACCGGGUUUGCACUUUGACGACGAUUAUACGAAUACUUGGUAUGGUAGUGACGCAUCGAGAGCUUUGAAAGCUUUUAAACGAAAAAGAGCUAUGUCAUUUGUUCCUAUGCCAGCAUCAAAAAAAGAAAAGAGCUCUUUAAUAUACAGAAUCCAAAAUGUCUCUAAUAGAUUCAAAACAGUCGAUAUGGAUGAAAAUGACAUUGAGAAACAAAUUCUAGAUGAACCUAUUAACACGAUAUUUAAUCCUAAUCAUGUUUCAUCGAAUAGUAAUUCUAUUGAUAACAUCGAUCAAAAUGUGUUAGAACAAACAUCCAUAGCGGAAUUUAUUAGAGCUCUUAACGCUAUUACUAUUGACGAAGAUACGGAUCCGAAGCCGAAAAGAAAAAUCGGUAUAGCCUCUUUAACGCCUCCUAAAUAUUCCCCUAUAUUUAAACCUCCAAAUUAUAGAAGAAAUUCUUUAGUACCCCCUUCGAGAAUUUCAGCGAAACCUAGACGAUUCUCAAUGACUCCAGUGGAUGAACAUAUUUUGAGCUCACCACCGCCUUAUACACCGAUUUCUUCAGCUACGAACUCCUCAACCGUAUAUAAUAUAAGUGAAGGUAGAAGAUUUUCAGUUAGGCCUACACCUUCUUCUUAUAAUUUCAGUCCGGUAAAAAUACAAGUGAACAAAAGGAAAUUUUCCAAACACGAAAAGGGAAGUUACGACUGAUGAAAUUAAAAACUUUGAAAUAAUUUAUCAGUAUUGUCAAUAGAUAUUAAACGUACUAAGCGUGGCUAAAUUAUACGGGGUGGCGCAAUAUAGCAUCAUCUUUUGAGAAGAGCUUACUACCAUUGGGUAGGAACGCUCUGUAGUUUUAGUCACCUUGAGUCACUUCGCGCAUUUCACCUGAAUUUUCAUUUAUAAAUUGUUAGUAGAUGAUUAUGCGCUACUGCAGAUUAGAUUAAACUUAUUCAACGUUUAAAUUUCCCUCCUAGAACAUUUGGACAAUUCGUGCGAGAAAAUCCACGAUUGUCUAGCUUCAAGACUUCGCCUGUUUUAUCGUUAUCGCGACGAAGUUUACAAUGAAUUUUGAAGUUAGAUCUUAAACUGCACCAAUACACGCUGCUAAAACAAAGAUUGAAAGAAUAUGCCUUCAAAGAAAGGCUCCCUUUCGCUAAUGAAAUGUUUGGUCGAUUUUCAAAUUUUCCUGGUAUCACUUUUUCUGACGAGGCUCAUCUCCACAUAAAUAGGUUCGUAAACCAUCGUUACUGGAGCAGGAGGAGCCCGAAUCUCAUGCACCAAGGACCAUUUGAUAGUCCUAAAGUAAAAGUGCAGGAGCAAUCUCGGGAAAUGGAGUGAGUCCUUUCAACCAGAUGCAUUUCAAAUGACUCCGUGUUGGUUGUGAAACAUACGUUCCUAAGCAGACUGAUUUCGAAAAGAGGUUGAAUUCAAUCGCCCCUACGUAGUCCAGAUUUGACGCCCUUCGACUUUAUCUAUGAGGAUACCUCAAAACAAAGUCUGUAAUAAUAAUCCGAGAAACAUCCAACUAGAUUAGCAUUACUGAAGAAAAUUUGCAAUAAUUUUCGAUGGUAUUUUUUUCAAACUAAGCCUCAGUCAUUUUGACUUUUUUGUUUUUUUUUGUUUUUAUUUUAAUAUGCGUAUCUAUUGCGUCACCCUGUAGAAUAAACUCAUUAUUAUGCGAACAAUCUAUUUUUUAAAAUAAUCCUGAAUUAGGGCGAUUCUCAAUUAUAAUUAGGGUGAGAAAAAUCACAAUUGAGUCACAAAUUCGUUGUUUAAUACAUGCUGCUCGACCCUAAAUAUAAUGUAUAUAUUAUAAUUAAAGAAUAAUAAAUAUUUUUCAAUGAA